AUGAAUUAGACAGAACAACAAGAGUAUAAUUAUGAUGAACAAUACUUGGAGAUAUUUGGUUGCAAUCAUUCUACAAGAUAGAUGCAUUCUGAAAAAUUGAUUUGUCAAUAAUGCGGCAUAUUUAUCAAUAGUGUAAUAGAGUUGUUUUAAAUUAAAGUCAACCACAAGAGUCUUCAAAACAAUCAAAAUGAAGUACAACACCUUUUUCAAUCCCUUAAAAAUAUUGGGCAACAUCUUGGCUCCUUUGACAAUAAACUAACAUUAAAUUGCAAGAUUGCCAAUAAUAGAUUUUAUGGAAUAAGCAUCUGAAAGAUUAAAUUUGAGUACAAACACUGCCUUUUUAGCAAUCACCUACAUUGAUCACUUUUUCAAUAAAGUCAAUGUGAAUGAAAAACAGAUUUUCUUAUAUGCUGCUGCCGCUCUAAUGUUGGCAGCAAAAGCAUAGGAACUUGAUGAGAGAAUACCUUUCAUUAGUAAACUUAAGCGUUAUACUUCCAUGACAUCUCAUCCUGAAAUCAAUAGCUUCACCACCUAGGAAUUUUGUAAUGCUGAAAAAGCUUUAAUCGAAUCUUUAAACUGGAAAUUACAGAGGAUUACUCUUCUUGAUAGAAUAGAAUCUCUGCUUUCCUUUGGAGUCAUUGAUGAGGAUGACAGUCUUUCACAACCACCAUAAUAGAAGGAAAACAAAGAGCAAUAAAUAAAUCAUAUUAAAUUGAGAGAUCUAGAUGAAAAAUAAAUCAAUAGUUAUGUGAAUGAGGUUGAAAACAAAUAUAUAGAAACUGCUUAUUCUGUGAUUAGAGGUAAAAUCAGUUAAAUAAGUAGAUGAUCAAAUUUAUUUCUCAAACGAUCAAACUAUAUUAGCCUUGUCCUGUGUAGCUUUUCUAAGAAAAAAGGCUGGAUUGCUAAAUAUCUGGUCUUAACAACUCUAAGCUUUGACUGGAGAAUCAGCUUAGAAAAUCUCAGCUACUGUAUCUUAGAUAAUGACACUCACUCCUAAAAGUGCAAGCAAACCUGUGAUUAACACUUCAUCUAGUUCAUAUUUGAGUAGUUAUUAGAAUUCUGCAUCUUAAAACAAAAAUUCUUAUAUGAAAAAUAGACAAUACUUAUUUGAAUCAAAUAAAUCAUCAACAGGAGAUAUCUUAUUACAAUAUAAUUCAACAGCCAAAGCUCAUCUAAGAGUUCCCUUAUUUCAAUCUUAAUCAACGAUGCAACUAUAAUCAAAGGGGGAUAUCAUGAAACCUCAUCAACUCAAUUAAACCAAAUAUUCUAGUCGAAAUAGUAAUUUUAAUACUACAAAUAAUUAUUCCUACUUAUCUGAUAAUAUAGUUCAUCCAAAUUCAUAUAUAAAAAAUACUGAUUUGGAUAAAAAAUAUGAGUAAAUUCAUAAAGUAGAGAGUAAAUUCAGAACUAAAAUAUUCAGUUGA